AUUCAUGGCCGAACCCUGGAUUUUCUUCACUCUUUUUACUCAUCAACAACAGAAAAAAUGGACUCCCAGAAUCGUCGCAAGCGGAGAAGGACGCGGCUUUCAUGUAUAGAAUGCCAUCGGCGUAAAGUCCGUUGCGACCGCAAUGAUCCAUGUGGCCGGUGUAUGUCGGCAGAGAUACGCUGUGUCUAUAAGGCCUCUGGGGACGAAUGCUCGACAAGAGGCAAUUCUACAGAGAGUCUCGGUACUCGUAUCGCGCAGGCAUCCACGACCAACGUGAGAACUCCGCGCCAUGCUGAACAAGACACGCCCCCUGCAGCUGCACCAAAACAGCACGAUGGGAGCCAGAGGGAGCUCCCGCAUGCACGGGACUGUAUCACAGAAACUCAUCGCGGCAGGACUGAUCCGAUGGAUCAGCAUAAUGUCCGUGGGAUCUUAUCCAAAGCUUGUCUCUUCGGAAAUACCCAUCCCAUCACGACCUAUCGCCAGUGUGAUGAAAUGUAUCCAGCGAACUGCAAUGUCAACUCCGGGGGCUCUAAAGACACCCGGUCGUCGCUGCUAUCUGAGGCGCAGGCUCUGAUCGCUUCCUCCAAAGCUCUGGCACGAUCUGUGAAAAGACACCAGACGGUUACAAGCCUAACAUUGGACGAGGCAGCCAGGACUUUGCCAGCUCGGGACGUUAGUAAUAUACUUGUCGAUCAUUGUAUGCGCAUCGUGGAGGGCCCCUUCCGUAUCCUCCACAUUGUAAGCUUUCACCGGGAAUACUCGGCCUUCUGGGAUGAUCCGGGCACACGACGGCCUCUGUUUAUCGUCAUUCUCCUUCUGGUUAUGUCUAUUAGAGUCCAUUUCUGCUACGAGGAAGAAACAGAGGCCCUGGUACGUCCUCAUGUGCGCCAGUGGGUUCAGACGGCCCAGUCAUGGCUGUCGAACACCCAGUGCAAGGAAAUAGCUACCAUAUCGGGCCUACAGGCUCAGUGCUUGCUGUCCGUGUCUCUUCAAUUCAAUCACGGCAAGCCCCAGGGGAUCUGGCUCGCGCAAGGAACACUGCUACGAACCGCCAUCUAUAUGGGCUUACACCGUGACCCGUGUCACUUUCCAGAUAUGCCUUUUUACCAUGUUGAGAUGCGACGGAGGCUGUGGAGCACGGUUUUGGAGCUUGAUGUGCAGGUAUCAAUGGACCUUGGGAUGGUUCCUACAACGAGCGACUUCGAUACUCUGCCCCCAUCCAAUGUCGACGAUGAUGCCUUCGAUGAGACAACGACGACGCCUCCCAGACAGGCGACUCUGUCGACCCUGACCCAAGCCUCGCUGCAAAUCGUCCUUCGCAGCUCCUUAGUGACCCGCAUGACGAUAGCUCGGCUCAUGAAUGAUUCAUUCACCGAGCCGUCAUACGAAGAUGUCCUCCAAGAGACUAGCACUCUAACAAGACUUUUUGCCGCCACCGAAAUGAGCCUGGACUUGCUUUCUGCUGCACCAGGAUUGACUACAGUCCAUCGAAACCUAGUCAACUUUCUCACGCGCCGUUUCAUGCUAGCUUUGCAUCGACCGUUCGCGACCAAGGCAUUCCAGGACCCACGCUACCACUAUUCCCGCAAGAUCUGUCUCGAUAACGCCCUGCUUCUGCUCGCAUCCGAGCCCGAUCGAGACUUUGACCAAUUGCUGCUGAUGUCUGUGUCACUCUUCCGGCAUAUAAUGCACCACGCCACCAUUCUCAUUGUCCUGGAAAUUAUGGGACAGAUCAAAGAAGACCAAAUCGAUAAGAAACUGCUCCAAAUCCACCAGGAAGACCGAACACGGCUUCUGGCAGCAGUUCGACAAGUCCCGAGCAUCACCGCGAAGCGUCUCCACUUUGGCGAGACCAACGUGAAGAGCCACGUCUUCCUGCAGAUGGGCAUCGCGCAGGUCGAAGCCAUGGAACAAGGACUGGAAAUCACGGCACACGUUAUAACGGCAGCAACGAAGAGCGCGCGACAGGCUCUGGAAAUCCUGCAGUCGCAGAGGGCGAUGAACGAGCAUGAAGACGGCCAUGCAUUCGAGCACCUGGGAUCGGAGCUUGGUCUCGUGAGCACGAAUGAUUCCGUUCCUCUUGCAUUGCCCGAGAACGGAGAUAUGGACUUGGAAUUAGGUGACAUGGCUAGUUGGUUAUUCUCGAACUGGGUGGACGAGUAUCCUCUGUAGUCUGUCGUGCGUAGACGAACUUAACCAGGUCCUGACAAAGAAAGAGUCGACUCAUGAUAUAUAUUUAUAUAUAAAGAGAGAGAGAGAGAGAGAGAGAGAGAGAAAGAAAAAUAGAAAUUCGAUAACUCUACAGCCAGAUUAUUAGGGUUAAGUAGGGUUGAUAAUAUCCAGCCUAUUCUGUGGUGUAGGGUUAGCAUUUGUAAAUGACUUCCAACGUGAAUUUUGUUGCAGACAAUCCCU